AUGACAGGCACGGCUAGGGUACAUGACCUUCCGGCCCUUGUGGCGAAAGCGGGCGUCUCUGAACUGUGUGCCCGCUACCUGACCGAGAGAGGUCUGCGAAGCAUAGGCGCACUUGCGCUCAUCUCGGCGGACCAGGCCAGCUUUGCGCAGGCGGUCAUCGAGCCACUAGCUGGCGGCUGGCAAGGCAGCACGAAGCUGCUGCGGCCGCCGCGGCGGUUGCGGCUCCAGCGCCAGCUGCGCCUUCAUCGGCAUCGGCCUGUCAGGGCGCCUACAGACUUGGCGCCGGGCGAAUGGAAAAAGCUGGUGGCACGGUACAACCAGCAGCAGAUUGGGGGCCGGGAUCGGGCAUUCCCGGAGGCUCUUCUUCUGGGAGCAGAGGCCAUUGUGGCGAAAGCCCAGUUCGAGCACGAGCACUCCAAAAGUUAUUCACCGAUCCCACUUGGAUCCGUGAUACAGUGCCGCACCUUCUCUGCUAGCGGGGACCUCAACCCCCUGACGAAGAGGAAACAGGAGACGAAGCUGAAAGUCACAGAGUUCCAUGCGGAAGCUGCUGAGGACACAUGGGACCCGAGGUCUAUGCUGUCGAUCCUCGAUGGGCUGCAGAGCAUUAGGUACCUCUUCGUCCUUUUGCAGAUUGGCGACGAGCAGGACGUGCACGCCUUCUUUGACACCCUGGAACGGAAGGCCCGAAGCAUGCCGCAUAAGCUCACACAGUACAAGUUGUACUACGAGACGGCCUCCUGGAGACUGGCCCAGACCAUGAGGCGUGGCGUGGCUUUCAAAGCAGCGGCGGACGAGAUCAUUGGCGACCACAUCCUCUGGCAGGAGACCAUGGCCAAGGUUGUCAAUGAGAAUCCCGACAAGCCGGGGAAGAAGCGGCCAUGGGAGCCAGAGAAGCCGCACAAAGGCGGCAAGGGCGGCAAAGGCGGCGGGAAAGGCCGGCAGCAGGACUCAACGGCUGGCUAUGGCAAGCAGCGCUACUGGGGCCAUCAUCUUGGGGGAAGCAGUGGCAGCAGCGUGGACACCGGCAGACGUGGGCCGCCAAAGAUGGGCACGGGCAGAGAAGCCUCAUGCAUCUCGGGAAUGAAGUUCCGAGGGGACCCCUCCUCAGCCCUGGAAGGAGGGGGGACCCGCCCAAAAGAAUCCAGGGCCGAAGCCUGCCCCCGCAGGGAAGCAGCAGCAGCCGGCGCAAACCGCGGCAGCCAAGCCGAGGGCCGCUGGAGCAGCCGGAGACGCCAUCAUCCUUCUCAGCUUCUUCGAUGGCAUAGGCGCGCCGAUCCUGGCUUUGCAAGACCACGUCAAGCUCGCGCAGGUGCUGGUGUGGGAGAUCGACGAGAAGGCUGCCGCAGUGGCCAUGGAGCAGAUCCACGCAUCAUCACGAACCGCGGGGACGUCACCGCAGAGACCGGAGCCUCCCUCGCCGCAGAGAUCCGCCGCAUUGACCCCAGAGGCAAGCUUCGGAUCAUGAUAGCAGCCGGGGCGCCCUGCCUAGACUACAGCAGGAUCACGGAUGGCCCUGGACGGCAAGGUGACCAAGGCCAGCUUUUCGGCACCAUGUGCGACCUCCUCGACGACUUCCUCCCACGACUGCCCGGCCGAACGGUGGGCAUCCUGGUGGAGAACGUGUUCAUGAACGCCUAUGGCGACAUCAACUACUUCAAUGGACGUCUUAAGGCGGAGGCCGUGCUCGUGGAUGCGGCCGAUUUUGGAUUGGUUUCCAGACCCAGACUGUGGUGGACAAGAGUGGAUUGGUCCAAGUGCACGGACUACAAGUGGACUCGCAGUGGCAAGAUCUACCGGCUACAUGUGACGUCCGGACGGGACGACCUGGCGCAGUUCGACAUGCGCGGCUACAUGUUCGGGAAGGAGGUCCUCGCGGGCUUGCAGCUCCUCCCGUGCUUCACCACUCCAGCUCCGACCGAAUCCGGUCGGAGCGCGCCAAAGCGGAUGAAAGCCCACAUCGACUCUGCGACCCGUCAACGCUGGUUGGACGACUCCAGGAACUUUGCUCCGUGGCAUUACCAGAAGAAGCUGGAAGUGUUGCCGCCGUUCCUCAAGGAGCAAGCGCACCACUUGCCGGCAGAUUUCACAAAGUACGAGACGUGCACUGAUCGAGACUGGCACCGUCUCCUUGGCAACUCGUGGCACAAAGGAGUUGCUUCUUUCCUCUUCCGCAUAGUGCUCGAGCAUGGCAUGUUUGUAGUGGAGGACCCGGGCAAGGCUCCGUCAGACCCAAGCCAGUCCAGCAGCAGCAUCAAAGAAGCACUUGCAGGGAUUCGGGCGUUGAAGUUUCCAAUCACCAGGGUUAAGACGCCUGUGUUUCGGGGCGUCCCCCCCGCAACUGACAUGUGGGAUCACUGGAGAGGCAGCGAGUGCUUGCAGCCUGACGCAUUGCAGUGUUUGCCGCUUGAGCCUGGUCUCGAGGUCGUGUUGGACAUAGUUUCUCGACUUCAGGCACCGGCCUUGGACUCGUAUAGAGCUCGAGUUUUGUCAGAAGUCGAACGUCUAGUACAAGCACUUCGCCAGGACACAGAUCAGUGGUACGCAUCCGUGCCGCACCACGUGGCCAGGACACUGCACCCACACGGACACUCACGCAUCGAGGUCCUUGCUUUUACCAAGCUGCUCAGGGAUUGUGGCUACCCAGACAUAGAGGCCUUGGAGGAAGACUUCCGCACCGGUUUUCCUCUCUUAGGAGAACUCAGACAUACGCCGGGAUGGCGCCCCAGGUUGGACGACACGUAUGCCAACCCCAUUUCUUUGGAGGCGUUCAGACAGCUCAAUCAGCACCAUGUGCAUGAGAAGUUGAAGCACUCCAGGUUGGACCCACACUGGCAGCACAUGUUGGAGGAAGUUCUUCAGGAAGUUGAUGCUGGCCGAAUGGAAGGGCCGUUUGUCGGGCCAGCAGAUUGGCCCUGCGCAACUCGUGUCAUAUCCCGCCUGCUCACGCGCAGGCGGGCAGCAAAAGGUGAUGGCCAACACGCGGGCCCGAGUAUCCUAAGCCCCGCGCUCAAAUUCUGGUCAGUCCAUGGUAGUCAAUUCUUCCUGAAGGGGGGGUUCUAG